AUGCGCGUUUCGGCGUACCCCGUCACGGGGGAACUGCCGCCGCCUGACAGUGAACCGCCCGACCAAGAGGUUGGCGAUCGUCGACCCGAGGAGCCGGAGGGCCACUCUCCCAGGGAAAGGUCGAUGCCCAGUAGGGGAGGGGUGGAUCAACGGCCUGUCCUUUCGGAGGGAGAUAACAUGAGACCCUCGUCUGCCUCGUCUGUAAAUCUCGGCGACACAGCCGUUCCUGAGAGUGUCUCUACCGAUUCGAUGCCUGUUCCCUGUCAACCGUCGCCUAAGGCUGAGCAGGGAAUCAAAACGGAGCCGGUCCCUUCCCAACCGUCGCUAAAUUACAAGCCGGAAGCCUGUUCACCGCCUGUCCCAGGAGACCCGUCGAUUGACACUACGACGCGUGAUGGAACUCCGGACGGUUCGCCCUCAGUCGUCCGGCCGCAAGAAAUGUACGUGGCGUUUGGAGAGGCUCGACGAAUGGCGAUAAAUGACCCUGAAUGUGACAAAUGGCUUACGACGCUAGCCGAGCUAUUCACGAUAGUCCACGACUCCGUCAAAAUUGAUGAGAAGCUAGUCCCUCCGGGAAAGAAGCGUUUUCCAAUAUUACGACGUGAAGAAUAG